CCAGUUAAAAGUUAAAACUUUUCACUCAUCAUUGUAUUUCUACUUUGAACAGAGGAAAAUGCCCUUAUGGAGCUUCUAAGCUUUAUGUAUAGUGGCAAGUUGACAACAAAUCAGCCAACUCUCCUGGUGGAUAUAUUGAUGAUUGCAGACAAAUUUGAGGUCGUUUCGUGUAUGAGGCACUGCAGUCAAUUGCUUAGAAGCUUGCCUAUGACCACAGAGUCUGCACUGCUUUAUCUAGAUCUCCCCUCCAGCAUUUCGAUGGCUACUGCAGUUCAGCCAUUGACUGACACUGCUAAGGAAUUCCUUGCCAAUAAAUACAAAGAUUUGACCAAGUUCCAAGAUGAAAUGAUGACCAUUCCUCUCGCUGGAAUUGAAGCCAUACUUUGGAGUAAUGAUCUUCAGGUGGCAUCAGAGGAUGCUAUCUACGAUUUUGUGAUCAAGUGGGCACGAGCUCAAUACCCAAAAUUGGAGGAAAGACGUGAGAUCUUGGGCACUCGUUUGCUGCCCCUUGUCCGGUUCUGCCAUAUGACCUGCAGGAAGUUGCCGAAGGUUCUUGCAUGCAGUGAUCUGAAUCACGAGCAGGCAACUAAAUGCGUCACAGAGGCACUUCUUUACAAAGCUGAUGCACCACAUCGGCAGCGUGGCCUCGCAGCAGAUGUGACGACCUGUAGGAAAUAUGCUGAGCGAGCUUACAAAUAUCGCCCGCUUAAGGUCGUGGAGUUUGAUCGACCAUAUCUGCAGUGCAUAGCAUACUUAGACCUGAAGCGUGAGGAGUGCAACCGACUUUUCCCAUCUGGGCGGAUAUACUCGCAAGCAUUUCAUCUAGCUGGACAGGGCUUCUUCCUCUCAGCACACUGUAACAUGGAUCAGCAAAGCGCGUUCUAUUGCUUUGGUCUCUUCCUGGGGAUGCAAGAGAAAGGCUCAACAAGUGUUACUGUUGAUUAUGAGUUUGCUGCAAGGACAAGGCCAUCAGGUGAGUUUGUCAGCAAGUAUAAGGGCUACUACACCUUCACUGGUGGGAAGGCGGUUGGCUAUCGGAAUCUCUUUGCGAUUCCUUGGCCCUCGUUUAUGGCUUGUGUAAAAUCUUGUGUGAUUCAGACAUGA